CCAGUGUCUCAGUAUGAAAGGAAAAGUGGGAUUGGAGGAGUGACGUUAUCAUCUGCUGCUGGAAAGAGGGAGGGAGAAAGAGGGACGGCUGGACUCCAUUAAGCCGAAGCCUGCGGGAAAGCUGGGUUACUUCACUUCUGUAGCGAGUUCUUCGGGGAUUUCUUUCUGGUUUUAUUGUCUAAAAUAGACUAUACAUGAUUUAAAGAGGGGGGAAGUUGCUCUGUGCUGUGUAGUUGACUGUUUUAGUGUUUUCGUCGUUGUGAAGGAUGGCGCUGGACGGGAUCCGGAUGCCUGAUGGCUGCUACGCUGAUGGGACAUGGGAACUGAAGAUGCAUGUCACGGACCUCCACAGGGACGUGUCGCUGAGGGUCACUGGGGAAAUCCACAUCGGCGGAGUCAUGCUCAAACUAGUGGAGAAACUAGAUGUGAAGAAGGACUGGUCAGACCAUGCUCUGUGGUGGGAGAAGAAGAAAACAUGGCUGCUGAAGACCCACUGGACACUGGACAAGUACGGCAUCCAAGCUGACGCCAGGCUGCUCUUCACUCCGCAGCACAAGCUUCUGCGCCUCCAGCUGCCCAACAUGAAGCACAUGAAGGUCAAGGUCAACUUCUCAGACCGUGUCUUCAAGGCUGUGUCCGACAUCUGCAAAACUUUCAAUAUCCGCCACCCAGAGGAGUUAUCUCUACUGCGUAAGCCCCGUGAUCCCAAGAAGAAGAAAAAAAAAUUGGAGGAGGCAGAGGAGGAUGAUCUGGAGAUGGAGGGUCCACUGUUAACCCCUGGGUCAGCCUCUGAAAUAAUAUACAUCGGACCUGUCAAAGGGAGCAUCUACUCCAGUCCAGGCUUGUACAGUAAGACUAUGACUCCCACCUAUGACUCCAGGGACGGCAGCCCGCUGUCGCCCACAUCCGCCUGGUUCGGGGACAGCCCCUUGUCCGAGGGCAAUCCCGGCAUCCUUGCUGUCAGCCAGCCAAUCUCCUCACCAGACAUCCUCGUCAAACUCUACAAGCCCCAGUCCCUUCUGGACAAAGCCAAAAUAAACCAAGGGUGGUUGGACUCAUCCAGGUCUCUAAUGGAGCAGGAUGUAAAGGAGAACGAGGUGCUGCUGCUGAGGUUUAAAUACCACAGUUUCUUUGACCUGAACCCCAAGUAUGAUGCCAUCAGAGUGAACCAGCUCUAUGAACAGGCCAAGUGGGCCAUUCUGCUGGAGGAAAUUGAGUGCACGGAGGAGGAAAUGAUGAUGUUUGCUGCCCUGCAGUACCACAUCAACAAGCUGUCAAUCAUGUCUUCAGACAACCACAUGAAUAACAGUGAGAAGGAGGUGGAUGAGGUGGAUGCAGCCCUGUCGGACCUGGAGAUUACUUUGGAGGGAGGAAAGACAACCAGAACACUGGGUGACAUCACAUCUAUUCCUGAGCUCGCUGACUAUGUCAAAGUCUUUAAACCCAAGAAACUGACGCUGAAGGGCUAUAAGCAGUACUGGUGCACAUUCAAGGAUAUCACAAUUUCCUGUUACAAGAGUAAAGAGGAGGCACAUGGGACACCUGCUCACCAAAUGAAUCUUAGAGGUUGUGAGGUUACUCCAGAUGUCAACAUCUCGGGCCAGAAAUUCAACAUCAAGCUGCUAAUCCCUGUGGCUGACGGCAUGAAUGAGAUAUGGCUUCGAUGUGACACGGAGAAACAGUAUGCCCACUGGAUGGCUGCAUGUCGCUUGGCCUCCAAAGGGAAGACCAUGGCUGACAGCUCCUACAACUUGGAGGUUCAGAACAUUCUCUCCUUUCUCAAGAUGCAGCACAUGAACCCCGACCCUCAGUUCAUUGAACCGAUCACCACCGAUGUCAACCCAGAAUGCCUCGUGUCCCCACGCUAUCUGAAGAAGUACAAGAACAAGCAGCCAGGCUAUAUCAGGGACUUGAUUUCAGCACGGAUCCUUGAGGCCCACCAAAAUGUGGCCCAGAUGAGUCUCAUUGAGGCCAAGAUGCGCUUCAUUCAAGCAUGGCAGUCCCUGCCUGAGUUUGGAAUCACUCAUUUCCUUGCCAGGUUCCAGGGUGGAAAGCGGGAGGAACUGAUUGGCAUCACUUACAACCGUUUGAUCCGGAUGGAUGCUAGCACUGGAGAUGCUAUCAAGACCUGGCGUUUCAGCAACAUGAAACAAUGGAAUGUCAACUGGGAGAUCAAGAUGGUGACGGUGGAAUUUGCAGACGAGCCCAGUCUGUCUUUCAUCUGUGCCGAGGUGGACUGUAAGGUGGUGCACGAGUUCAUCGGUGGCUACAUCUUCCUGUCCACGCGUGCCAAGGACCAGAACGAAUCCCUAGACGAAGAGAUGUUCUACAAGCUGACCAGCGGCUGGGUCUGAGCUGCUCUGGACCACCAGGCUUCAGCAACUGUUGGUCAGGGGGCCAGGGAGGGAGUGGCUGGGGCCUGGGGUGUCGAACCAUAUUGUAUGGUUUUAUUUUAUUCUUCUGUUUCUCAGUUUUGUUUGAGGCCGUGCUGAAGAGUCUGAAAUGGCAUGGCUUUUGCCAUGGUUGACACCGUUUUUAUUAUUAUAUAGUUUUUUUUUGCAUUAACACGACAAAGGUCAUUUUAUACAACACUAAUAUUGUGGUGAAGUCCAGAUGAACUUUAAGUCCUGCGAUUGAGCAGAAACCUUACAUAUGCCUGAACCAGGAGGUUUCUCUGGUUUCCUGCGGUCACCUGCCUCCUAUUCUCCUGGACUGAUGACCAUCAGCUUACAUCCAUGACAACUCUUUAAAAUCGAACAGCAGAUUCAAUCCCAAAGAUCCUUCUGGUUCUCUCACUGUCUUUUAGAACUGGACUAAUGGCGCUGACAUCAAACUGUCCUUACACUAUAUGGUGAUAUCAUGUCACAGUUAUCAAAAUGUUUAUACUAGAAGAUGGAUUUCAUCGAAGAGCCCAAUCAGAAGGCCAUCCAUAAACAGCAGUGGCCUGUGAUCACAGCACUACAUGUCCAUCUUAUCAACACUAUGAAGGGUUUAAUCUCUUUGAAGUCGCAUGUAAGCACUUCGACAGUAUACAGUCCUGUUUAUGAAUAAGCUGUUGUCCAAUUUGCUUUUGAUGUCUGUUGUCUUUGUUUCAGGGCUGGUGAGUCGAGUUUCUCCACUGAAUUCUCAUUGUAUUAGGUGACAGGUGUGACAGAGCUCGGGUUUUGAUUUGUAUUUAAUAGGUUGCUAAUAGUAAGCACGUCUGGAAACACACUACAGUUAAAUGCACUGAGAUGAGUGUCCUGUGGGCUUCAAAAAUCUGGUUUCCCCCUAUGACCUACAGUAGAUAUCCUUGUUGCAAAAAUGUGCAUCUUAAAAAGUCAUUGAGUCUAGUGGGGAUGUUGAAACAAGGUAGAUUACUAAUGUCACUAUAAGGCAACGUGUCUCACCCCACUGGCAGGUUUUAUGGUUCAUAAUAAAGACGGCAUGAAGCUAAGUGAUUUUGCAAGGGGGGUGUGCCCAUUAACUUGGAGCAGUGUGUGCCAAAGUGCAUUAAACAUUUUUCCAUGCCUGUUUUUGGCUGCUGCUCUGACCCCACUUUCAAGUUGCGCAGUCACAGCAGCAUGCUUUGAAUUUGACCCAGAUUGAAACCCCCUGACAUCUCCUUGCUUUAGUGCAUGUACACUACAUAACAAGGGAUCGCUGCUCACUUUUACUUUGUCGCCAUUCUGUUUCUCACACCGCAUAGUAUUAAUCUUUUUUUUUUUUUUUUUUUAUCAUUACACACCAGCAGUAGGUCACUAGGUUUGAAGAAUGAAUAUGCAAAUUCUUUUCUUCUGUCCUCAGUAUGAAGGAUCAGUAAAUGAAGUAUUAUUUGUAACUAAUGUAAAAACA